GGGGGCCGGACUGCGCCUGCGCGGACGGGAGCCGGGAGGGAACAUGGCGACGUGCGCGGAGAUUUUGCGGAGCGAGUUUCCCGACAUCGACGGCCAGGUCUUCGACUACGUGACCGGCGUCCUGCACAGCGGCAGCGCGGAUUUCGAGUCUGUGGACGACCUGGUGGACGCCGUCGGGGAGCUGCUGCGGGAGGUGUCCGGGGACAGCAAGGAUGACGCGGGCAUCCGAGCCGUUUGCCAGCGCAUGUACAACACCCUGCGCUUGGCCGAGCCGCAGACCCAGGGCUACAGCCAGGUGCUCCUGGACGCCCCCAUCCAGCUGUCCAAGAUCACCGACGCCUAUGAUUGCGGCUCCGAGCCCCCAGGGCUGCCGAAGAGAGACCAGUCCUCGACGGUGAACGCCAAAAAGCUGGAGAAGGCAGAGGCGCGGCUCAGAGCGAAGCAGGAGAAGCGGACGGAGAAGGACACCCUCAAGACCGGGGGCCCCGUGGCUCUAGAGGAGGCGUCGGCCAGCCAGGCGGGCAGCAGGAAGGAAAGUCGCCUGGAGUCGUCGGGCAAGAAUAAAUCCUACGACGUCCGGAUCGAGAACUUCGACGUGUCCUUUGGGGAGCGGGUGCUGUUGACGGGGGCCGACGUGAACCUGGCUUGGGGCCGGCGGUACGGGCUGGUGGGGCGGAACGGGCUGGGGAAGACCACGCUGCUGAAGAUGCUGGCGACCCGGAGCCUGCGGGUCCCGGCCCACAUCUCGCUGCUGCACGUGGAGCAGGAGGUGGCGGGGGACGAGACGCCCGCUCUGCAGAGCGUGCUGGAGAGCGACACCCUCCGGGAGGGGCUCCUGAGCCAGGAGCGCCGGCUCAGCGCCCGGAUCGCCACCGGCCGAGCGGAGGCCCAGGAGGCCGCCCGGCUGGCCGAGAUCUAUACCAAGCUCGAGGAGAUCGAAGCGGACAAAGCGCCCGCCAGGGCGUCCGUCAUCCUCGCGGGCCUCGGAUUCACCCCCAAGAUGCAGCAGCAGCCCACCCGAGAGUUUUCCGGCGGCUGGAGGAUGCGGCUGGCCCUGGCCCGAGCCCUCUUCGCCAGGCCAGAUCUGCUACUACUGGAUGAACCCACCAACAUGCUGGACGUGAGAGCGAUCCUGUGGCUGGAGAACUACCUGCAGACGUGGCCGUCGACCAUCCUGAUGGUCUCCCACGACCGGAACUUCCUGAACGCCGUGGCCACGGACAUCAUCCACCUGCACAGCCAGCGGCUGGACGGCUACCGCGGCGACUUCGAAACCUUCAUCAAGAGCAAGCAGGAGCGGCUGCGCAGCCAGCAGCGCGAGUACGAGGCCCAGCAGCAGUACCGGCAACACAUCCAGGUGUUCAUCGACAGGUUUCGCUACAACGCCAACCGGGCCUCCCAAGUGCAAAGUAAACUCAAACUGUUGGAGAAGCUGCCGGAGCUGAAACCCGUGGACAAGGAGUUGGAGGUGGUUUUGAAGUUCCCGGACGGCUUCGAAAAGUUCUCCCCGCCCGUGCUACAGCUGGAUGAGGUGGAUUUCUACUACGAGCCCGACCGGCUCAUCUUCCGCCGCCUGUCCGUCUCCGCCGAUCUCGAGUCCCGCAUCUGCGUGGUUGGGGAGAACGGAUCCGGAAAAUCUACCAUGCUAAAGCUGCUAAUGGGAGACCUGACACCUGUUCAGGGGAUCAGGCAUGCGCACAGGAACCUGAAGAUCGGCUACUUCAGCCAGCACCACGUGGACCAGCUGGACCUGAACGUCAGCGCCGCGGAGCUCCUGGCUCGCAGGUUUCCCGGGUGGCCGGAGGAGGAGUACCGCCACCAGUUGGGCCGCUAUGGGAUCUCGGGGGAACUGGCCGUGCGCCCCGUGGCCAGCCUCUCCGGAGGCCAGAAGAGCCGAGUUGCCUUUGCCCAGAUGACCAUGCCCUGUCCCAACUUCUACAUCUUGGACGAGCCCACCAACCAUCUGGACAUGGAGACCAUUGAAGCGCUGGGCCGGGCUCUCAACAAGUUUCAGGGCGGCGUGAUCCUGGUGUCGCACGACGAGCGCUUCAUCCGGUUGGUGUGCCAGGAGCUGUGGGUGUGCGAGGGUGGGGGAGUCACCCGCGUCGAGGGCGGCUUCGACCAGUACCGGGACCUGCUGCAGGAGCAGUUCCGCCGGGAAGGCUUCCUCUAGGCGCCCCUCGGGCCUCGCCCCGGGCACAGACACUGGCUCCCUCGGGCCUCGGUCGGGUCCCGUCAGGCCGCGCCGGGUUCCCCUCGGGACCGGGGAUGGCUUUAUCCCUCGCUCUCCUCUCCCCUCAGCCGGGGCUUCCCUUUGCACAUCCCGGGGAGCCCCGUCGGAGGGGCCCGUCUCCCUUCUCGGGGAGGCAGGGGAGGGUUCACUGGGCUCUCUGUGGCCAGUCUGUAAAUAAACCUGCCCCGCACCUGC